CCCCAUUCCCUCCUCUCUCUCCUUUGGUGCCUGAUCCAAUCACCAGCACUCUCGCCAUGGCCCUCCCCCGCACCCUGGCCGCCCUCCUGGGCCUGUUCUCGAUGGCCUAUGCCUACACCGGUGAUGGCACCGCCUACUCUGGCGACGGCGAGAAGGAUAAGACCGGCUUCAACGCCUGUGAGUACGGCGACCUGGGCUCCCACUGGGAGAAGUGGUAUGCCGCCAUGCCCGCCGGCUGCGGCAGCCAGGGCUGGGAGUCCAACAAGUGCGGCAAGUGCAUCAAGGCCAGGGGCCUCGACGCGGGCGCCCCCGGCGGCUGGGUUGUGGUCAAGGUGGUGGACCAGUGCGCCUCCUGCACCUGCGGCGACGUCGACUUCUCCACCCGCGGCCUCCAGGCGGUGACCGGCUUCUCCUGGGACCGCAAGAAGGUUGAGUGGGAGUGGACCGAGUGCUCUGAGAGCGCCAGCAAGUCCUCCUCCUCCAACGACGACGAGAGCGUCUCCGCCUCCUCCGCCUCCUCCGACGACUCCUCCGACUCUGAGGAGGAGUCUAAGAAGAGCAAGAAGAAGAGCAAGAAGUGCAAGAAGGGCUACUACAAGAAGAACGGCAAGUGCAAGAAGAAGAAGAGCAGCGACCGCAAGCUGCUGAGCGAGGUCGAGGAGUAA